AUGAAUUACCCAGCAAUUCCGGAAAGGCUUGAGCAUGGCUGUAAAUUUGUUGGAGGUGAGCUGGAGUCUGCGGGGGCGACAGAUGAGCUUGAGUCUGCAGGUGCGGCAGACGAGCUUGAGACUGCGGGUGCGGCAAAAGACCUUGAGGCUGCGGGUGUGGCAGAUGAGGUUGAGACUGCGGCUGUGACAGAUGAGCUUGGAUCUGCAGGUGCGGCAGAUGAUCUUGAAACUGCGGCUGCAACAGAUGAGCUUGGAUCUGCAGGUGCGGCAGAUGAGCUUAAGACUGCGGCUGCAACAGAUGAGCUUGAGUAUGCAGGUGCGGCAGAUGAGCUGAAGACUGCGGCUGCGGCAGAUGAGAGUGGGUCGGCAGAUGAGCUUGAAGGUGAGGUAACCGAAAUAUCCGCGCCGGUAUCGACGAGUUGUACGGUAAUAUAG